AGUGCAUACCGGUAAUUGCAAAAAAUCGUACGAUUCAUGAGUAGCUGCAUUAGGUGCUUCAAGAAAAGGUGAGUCUUUAUACUGGUCCAAAGAAGGUGUAUUGUAUCCUGGAAGAUGAGGAGAGGAUUCAAACGUGCUACUAUUGUUACUUUCCUUGCCUUCCUUACAUGGAGCGGUGGAGUCAGUUUAGCUGUUAAUCCAUCUGAUAAUCCAAUACUCAUCAUCCCUGGUAUUAUGGGUAGUCAGUUGUGGGCACGUCUCAAUCGUACAUCAGUGAAUCAUCCUCAAUGUUCAAAGACUUCAGAUUGGUACAAUAUUUGGCUGAGUCUUGAACAACUAGUCUAUCCUGUUGAGGAAUGUGCUUCUGAUAAUUUGAUGUUCAAUUACAAUCCUGAUACUAAACAGUAUUCUAACGUUGAAGGUGUUGAUAUACAAGUGAGAGACUUUGGUGGUACUUCGUCUGUUGAGUUUUUGGAUCCAUCACUUCACAUACUGGAACCAGCUUCAUAUUUCCAUGAUAUUAUACAACACUUUGUUAGUAUGGGCUACACUAGAGGAGAGACUAUAAGAGCAGCUCCUUUUGAUUGGAGAUAUGCAGCUGUUGGUUUGGAGUCCAAUGGUUAUUAUGCAAAGUUGAAGGAUCUAAUAGAAGAGAUGUACACUUCAUACAAUAAUCCAGUGACAAUAAUAGUCCACAGUAUGGGGGGACCUGUCUCACUGUACUUCCUGACACAGGUGGUUUCUCAAGACUGGAAAGAUACUUACAUUAAACAAUACAUUACACUUUCUGCUGUUUGGGCUGGAUCUGUUAAAAGUGCUCGCUCCAUUAUCUCGGGUGAUAAUGAAGGAAUAAUUCUUGAUCGACCUAUUUGGGGACGAGAGAGUCAGAGAACAUUCCAGACUACAUUGUGGCUCCUCCCUCCAGCUGGAGAUGUAUGGGGACCUAAUAAUACAAUAGUGUAUGCCCCCACUGGAGAAUAUAGUGCGUAUGAUUAUGAGAGACUGAUGGCUGAUGUUGGUUAUACUAAUGGGCCUGCUAUGUAUCGGCUAAUUAAAGACAAAACUUCAGAGUUUCCUGCCCCAAACGUCACCACAUACUGCUUCUAUGGACUGGGUAAAGAGACUCCCUAUAAGCUCCACUAUGAUCCUGAUAACUUCCCUAAUUCACCUCCCAAAGUAACCACUAUUGAUGGAGAUGGUACAGUCCCUAAUAUCAGCCUCACUGUCUGUGGCAGGUGGAGCAAGCAGCAGGUCCAUCCCGUUACCCUCCGAUCCUUCAGUCCAGUGGAGCACGUUCACAUGUUACGUAAUGAUGGAGUCAUUUCUGCCAUUGACGAAGUCAUGUUUAACUAAUUAAUUAUUAUAAUUUAUUAUUAUUGCUAUACAAACAGCUGUCAUUAAUAACUAUAAUUUAUUUUCUGUCAUUAUUGUUUUUGGUAUUUCAAUAAUUUAAUUGAAACUUCAAUCUUCCUAACUGUA